AUGAGGCGACUGCGGCAAGAUGGUGAUCGUGAUGAGGAACAACAUCUUCUGCUGGACGUAUUUGAUGUCGACCAGUACGGACGUCUGCUGGCAGACAUUCGCGGUGUGCAGGUAGGAGAGACGGAGAACAUUCUGCAGUGCUGGACACUUGCAGAACAGUGUGUCCUGGCUGGCUGGGCGCACACAACACCACUCUAUGUUCUUCCAGAUCAUGUUGCGCAGGCGCUACAAACUUCGCAAGAACACCUUAACGGUGCAAGGGGCCUGGAAACAGAUGAAAGGUCUUUCCAAG